AUGAUAUCUAAUACUCUUUUGCUACUUUCUUUGUACUUUUGCCUUACACGUUCAUUAUCAUUAUUUUCCACUGGAGGUGGCUCCUAUGGUCCUACAUCAAGCUCAUGUCCAGCGAACCGUAUUGGAACACGUUUAGCUAACAGUUUAUCUCAAGAAGAAGCCGAUUGGGUCAAUAAGCGUAAUAAGAUUACUGAUCAGAAUUUAAUCGAUUUCUUGAAACAUGCCAACAUGCAGGAUUUUGAUCCAGAACUGUAUAUCAAGUCGUUGGACCGCUCUAUUAAGAUUGGACUUGCGUUUAGUGGUGGUGGAUACCGGGCUAUGCUUUGUGGUGCUGGGCAAUUUGCUGCUUUGGAUAAGCGUACCCAGGGAGCUUGGGAAAAUGGACUCGGAGGAUUAGUGCAAUCUUCUACUUAUACUGUAGGAUUGUCAGGUGGUAGUUGGUUGGUUGGUACUAUUGCUUUGAAUGAGUUUACUGACGUGGACCAGAUUAUUAGGGAAAAUAAACUCUGGAAUUUGGCCAAACCCGUCUUUAUGCCCGGUGGUUUGAAUAUUCUUGAAACAUUACUGGUUUUGACUAAAGUAGAACUUGAUGUACUCCAAAAGUGGACUUCUGGGUUUGGGGUUAGUAUCACUGAUGUGUGGGGAAGAGUAUUGUCGUACCAAUUCUUUAAUAAAUUGAAGGAUUUUGGUGCAGGAUUAACUUGGUCAUCUAUAACAAACACCAAUGCUUUUGCUAAUCAUAAUAUGCCUUUCCCGAUAGUGAUAGCACUUGGCAGAGAACCGGGCACUUAUAUUAUCAGUACAAAUUCUACUGUUAUUGAAUUCAAUCCUUAUGAGAUGGGUUCAUGGGAUCCGACAUUGUACCAAUUCACUCCACUCCAGUAUCUUGGAACUGAAUAUAAUAAUGGGCGUCCUCGUGGAACUUGUGUUACCGGAUUUGACAAUGCUGGAUUCAUAGUUGGGACAUCAUCGUCCGUAUUCAAUCUUGUGUUUCUCAAAAUACUACAAACUCUUCCUUGGCCCGUGAGUACGAUUCUUGCCAAGAUUCUGGAUUUACUCGAUCGUAAAGAUGAUAUCGCUAUAUACAGCCCUAACCCAUUCCGCAACACCCGUGCUGCUGCAAAAAAGAUCUCCGGCAGUGAUACCCUUUACUUAGUUGAUGGAGGUGAAGAUCUGCAAAAUAUCCCCUUUGCUCCAUUAUUACAACCUGAACGUGACGUUGAUGUUAUAUUCGCCUAUGAUAAUUCUGCUGAUGAUUCAAACUCUUGGCCCAAUGGAGCAGCGAUCAGAGCUACUUUCCAAAGACAAUUCAACAAACAAGGACUUAAUGCCAGCAUGUUCCCCUAUGUUCCUGACGCAUCGACAUUUGAAAAUUUGAAACUUAAUUCCAAACCAAUGUUUUUUGGGUGCAAUGCAAAAGACCUUAUUAAGCUUCAAGUAACUACCAAAAACCCUUUUUCCAUUUACUCAUCACCAUUGAUAGUUUAUACUGCCAACCGUAAAUUUUCGUAUCUGUCAAAUACACCAACAUUUCAGUUGAUUUAUUUAAACAGUGAUCGGAAUAUGAUGAUACAGAAUGGAUUUGAAGUUGCACUGAGAUUGAAUCUGACACUCGACAGUGAAUGGCAAGCAUGUGUGGGGUGUGCCAUCAUAAGACGAGAACAAGAACGUCAGGGACAAGAACAGACUGAGCAAUGUAAAAGAUGUUUUAAAAAAUAUUGCUGGAAUGGUCCUUCUGUCUAA